ACGUGCGAUCAAUUAACGAAGUAUUUUUUUCCUGUCAGCUGUGACCUUCCUCUGAUUAUUGUCGAGACAGCCUUUGAAAAGAAAAGGCUUGUAAUGAACUGAAUAUUGGCAGGCAAAGGACCUGAAAAGGACAACACCUUUAUCUCCUUCAUUGACACACCGAGACAACUGUGACAGGUUUGGGAAAUAUCACUGCGGUUUUGGUCAUAAAACAAUUAGCGAGUGUAAACAAAUCGAAUUGUAA